AUGGCCAUCGCAUAUGAUGGAUCCUUGAGUGUAGAGGAACAGGCAUCUAUCAACGUCGAUGCACUUGUUAACGACAGCGACAAUGAGCCAACACGGCCCGCUCCAAGCACUCCACUAAGCGGCCAAUUCUUCGAGCAUCCUCGCCGAUCGACUCCUACUAUACCCCCUGGCUUCACAGUACCAGCAAUUCCCAAAGCAGUACUUGAAGAGUCACGUUCGCGUGCUGGAUCUCGACCAAUGUCCCGUACUACAUCUUCGACCAUUAUACCGGCCGUGCCUGUUGUACCUGCCACGCCGCUUCCCAACUCAACUCCUAACAAGAAUACCAAGGGCAAGCAGAAAGCUGAGACUACUGGACCUGCAACUCCUGCAGCAGCAACUACCGCGACCACUGUCUCCAAGCCUUCACCUGCGCCUACGACGCCCUCAAGAACAACGACCAGGGAAGCAGUUGUUGUUCCACAGACACCCAAGGAACCCACACCUAGAGAGGCGUCCAAAGCAGUUAAAGAGGAUGUUUUGCAGACACCGAAGUCCACACCAGACGCCAAGAAGUCGAUGGCGGAAACGAUCAGCAAGGACACGCCAAAAUCGAAGGGCGCUUCUAAGAAAACUCAAGCUGCAGUUCAGACCACCCCAAAGAGAGAGCCACAGAAAGAGACAGCGCGCACUCCUGCGGCGACUGCGACACCUCCAGCUUCGACCAAGCGACAGCCUCCUGGCAAACUCGAUAUUCAAGCAGCAACUAAAUUGCCGGUUGAAGCUGGCUCUCCAGCUCCAACCUCAUCUAAGACAGACUCUCAGGCAAAAAGCAAUCGUUCUGUGCCAACGACAUCAGCUGGUUCUGUGCCUCCAAGUCCCGCCGCAGCGGUGACUGGAUCGCCAAUCAAGCGCGCGGGUGCGCCGAGGACUUUGCGUGUCGUCGCAACACCAAAGACAGAAGUGCCACCGCCUGUUUCCGCGGCAUCACAACCGUCCUUGCCUCAGAUCCCAACGGUCGACAAGCUUCGAUCUAGGCAAGCGAGUAUCGCUUCCGUCAAUAUACCAGGCACGCCAAGCGAAAUGAUAUCGGACACUGCUUCAGUUACCUCUACAUCAUUUUCAAGGGCCAGCUCACCGCCUCCGAUCGGCGGUAAGGUCGGGACUGCGCCUGUUAGGAAGAAGACAAAGUCACAAGCCAAGAAGGAUAGACAAGAGCGAAAGAAGCAGAUAGAAGAAGAAAUACUGGAAGACAACAAGUCCGAUGUUGAGGUAAUGCAAGCUCCCAUCAUUGGGCGCAAGAAAAAAGCCAAAAAGCCGACAACAAACGCCAAACCUAUUGCCGCUGCCUUCAAGAGUCAGCCAGCCUCGCCCAAGCCAGCUACUGUUGAAGAAGAACAACCUGAAGUGCCGACAGUGGCCUCACGGAGAGUCUCGUCAGCGAAGAUCUCGGCAACAGCAACGCCUGAACCGGAGCCGGAGCCCGAACAGCCCAAGGAAAAGCGGGAUCAUUCAGCUCAGUCGAUCAUGGCUGACUUGCAGCGCACGGGCGAGCUCCUUGCAUCGACCCUUGAGUUCUUCAAACCGCUGUCUUCGUCACUUGCCCAUGCUACCCGCUCUACUCCGAAUGGCAAUGUAUCUACACCUCCGGACCUGAAGUUGCACUUUUCCCAAGCCGACCUUGAGGCGCUUGCGAAGAAGAAGCCAGUACGUCUGAACAGCCAGGACGCAAAGCCAGACUCCAGGACUCUGAUUACACCCAACGGCAAGUUUUUCUGGGGUUUGACUGAGGAGCUUGAGAAUAAAGCACUUGAGCUUGAAAAGCAUAUCGAGGAGCUCAAAGGCCAUGCCCGCUUCCACCCUCGUAAGCAAAAUGCACACGGUCACAGCAUGACUACUUCAGCGCAUUCGAAUGACGUCCUCCCAGCUAUCGCCACUGCUCUCAAGGAGGCAGGUAAGAAGCUGAAUACCAACGGCGGACAGCAGAUGCCGCGACUGGACAAUUCUUCUGGACUUCUCGGUUCGACGAACCUUCCCUUGCCACCGGUACAAGGCCAGGACGCGUCCAUGCCCCAGGUCCCUCCCCCACAACAGCAGCAAACACCCGCAGAUGCCGGCGCCUAUCUGAAUCAAUACGUUCUCCCGAAGACGGACAACCCACCGCCAAACCAGCCACGUCCCGAGAUGGCGGCUGUUGGUGGCGCACCUGGCGCCGGAACAGCGAACAUCUCUGUCAACUCGAACCGACUAGCCAAAGCGGCCAAAGCAGUGGUUGAGGGAGGAGCGGUAGGAAGCACAGAAAUAGACGGCAUGGGAUUGAUGGCGGCUGACAGGCUUGGUGGCGUGUUUGUGCAGGGUCUCGAAGCGCUCGUGGGUGCUGGACUUGGCUACCAGUCUUCACAAGAGUUCGGCCUUGACGGCAACGGCAACAUCACCUUUGGAAAUGGCGGUGGAAGCGGACUGGACAUGCAGGGGUUAAUGAACGCGAUUGAGACGACAGCUGGAAUGGGUGGAUAUGGCAACACAAGGCGAGGAAGAGGCAGUGUGCUGACCAUGGAAGAGGCGGAGCAAGCGAUGCAUGCGGCGAGGAGAGAGCACGAUGUGUUGGAGAAGAAGCUCAAUGCGCUGAUCAAGAAGAACAAGAAGCUCGCGACUGGCGUAGGAAAGUAG